CCAUUAAGGAACUGUCUCAAAUGUUAAAGAAGAUGCCUCAGUAUCAGAAAGAGCUCAGCAAGUAUUCAACUCAUCUUCAUUUGGCUGAGGACUGCAUGAACCGCUACCAGGGCACCGUGGACAAACUCUGUCGUGUAGAGCAGGACCUGGCUACAGGCACAGAUGCAGAGGGGGAGAAGCUCAAGGACCCCAUGAGGCUCAUUGUUCCCGUUCUUCUGGAUGCCAGCGUCAGCGUAUUUGACAAGAUCCGUAUCAUCCUGCUCUACAUCUUCAUGAAGAAUGGUGUGACUGAGGAGAACUUGUGCAAGCUCCUCCAGCAUGCCAACAUCCCACCUGAGGACAGUGACAUCAUCUCCAACAUGGCCCACAUGGGCGUCCCCAUCAUCUCGGAAGGAACCACCAAAAAAGCCAAGAAGCCAGAUCGUAAGGAGAGGAUCAGUGAGCAGACCUACCAGCUAUCCAGGUGGACUCCUUUUAUCAAAGACCUCAUUGAGGAUGCGAUCGAAGACAAACUUGACCCUCGUCAAUACCCGUACAUCUCCCAGAGACAAGCCUCUGCCAAGGCCAGUGCUCCAUCAAGUGCUCGUUAUGGUAACUGGCACAAGAACAGAGGUCCCACAGAGAUGAAGACGGGGCCCAGGAUUCUAGUGUUCAUCAUCGGAGGCAUGACGUACAGUGAGAUGCGCUGUGUGUACGAAGUCACACAGGCCAAUGGCAAGUGGGAGGCUCUGAUUGGUUCCACACACAUCCUGACACCCACUAAUUACCUGAAGGACCUGCAGCACUCCGACUUUCUGGACCCCAACACCCCAACAGAAGGAUCAGCUGAAGCGCCUGCAGAAUGAGAAGAUGUCUGGACGUAAACGUGUCAAAUGAAACAAGUCCUGUAAAUGGUGGACUGGCAUCUUGACUCCUUUUCACCUUCUAAAAGUAUUGAGAGAAGAGCUGGCCUGUUAUAAUGUUUUCUGUAGUGAUGUCUACUCAAAACACUGAACCACUGCCUCCUCCCCACCCACCCCCA